AUGUCUCGCCGCGAAUCCGUCGCCCGCCUAAGGGUAAUUUCACAAUCGGACGCCACUCCCCCAUUGGUGAAGAUGGUAUCUUGUGCUGUUCUCCCACCACGGUUCCUGCACGACAUAGUUGCUCCCCAGGGUGUCGACAUGUACGACGCAUUCACCUGCCGCGAAAGCAUCGGCUGGGAGCACAAUGGGCCGGUUCGGGAUCCGGAGCACAGCCGGAGAAAGAGCUUCUUGCGCAAAGUCGGGUUAACUAGUCGACGUGAGCGAGAUGCAGCAGCGGACGACUUGCCGCCUUUUGUGCUGCGGCAGAUUCCCUACGAUGUCUGGCGCAAGCAUUAUGCGAAGGACAAAGAUGGCAACUACAGAGGCACUCAUGCUCCGGCGGAAGAUUGUCUUCUCAAACCCGAGGAUGUACAGAAAUGGCGUCUAGACGAUCCGGUCACCAAAGCCGACACCUGGACAAGAGGAAGGGAGGCUCUGCCCGUAUAUGCUGAUGUUUGUGCAGAGGGUCCUGUCCCAGAGUACCGGCUAGACCACGAAGGUCGAAUUGGAAGCCACUCCACUGAAUCCUUGACCCAAGGUCAACCGUCGACCGACCCAGUUCCUUGA